AUGAAAACCAGCCCAUCGCACCCUGCGCCGCACCCACGCCCCGGCAGCGCGUGGUCCGGGAGGCCCCGCCAGCGAGACAGCCAGCCCGGGCGAGGGAGGAGGGCGCCGCGUGCAGCCCGCGCCCCGCCCGCGGCCCCGGCGGCUCGCACCUUCCUCAGCGCCGACAUCCUCGAGCGCUCUGAGUUCAGCAGGCGAAGGGCGACAUGCUUUGUGGCCCGUCCGUCCAUCCGCACCGCCAGCCGACAAUCCGCGGGGCCGCCGCCGCCGCCACCGCCACGCGUCCCACCGCGCUCCAGCCCGGCACACGCUCGGAGCCCGCCGCCGGCGCCUGCGCACUGGGCGCCCCGGAGGCCUGGCGCGCUGGGGGCCAGCCGGCGCGCGGAGGCACCUGGGAAGGGCCAGGCAAGCGCGGGGAGCCCAGGCAGCGCCGAGCAUGGCGUCCGGGGAUCCUUCCGCCCCACCGCUCCCCCGCCCCUGCCGGCGCGCAGGCCCCGCCCCGGAUGCCACCUGUGGCGCGGGUCCCCUGGCGCUGGAGGCGGCGGUAGCCUGCAGCAAGUGCAGCUCGCCCGCAGCCCCACGGUCCCAGCGCGCCUGCGCGGCCGGUGCCAGGGCGACAGGAAGGUAGCGCGCGUCCCCCCAGGGGCGGUGCCCCGCAUCCGGAGGACAGACCCGGCACUUGCUGCCUCGGGCGACGUGGACGGAGGCUCUCGAGCUGUCCAGGGACCGUCUGUCCGCCGCUGGCGCUGCCCUAAACACGAGCCGCUUCCGCCUGGGCCCCUGGGCCCUCGCCGCUGCCCCGCGGGAGCCGGACGCCGCCCCCUCCUCAGGCCCCGCAGCUCCUCCAGCCCGCCCGUCUGCCCGGAACAGUCCGCGCCGCACCCACGCCCCGGGAGUGCAGGGUCCGGGAAGCACCGCCGGCGAGGCACCCAGGCGCCGCGAGGGACGAGGCCGCCGCGCAGCCCACGACCGGUCACCCCUGCAGCUCCGGGUCCCUGCCCGCGCCCCGCCCGCGGCCCGUACCUUCCUCAGCGCAGACAUCCUCGGGCGCUCGGAGUUCAGCAGGCGCAGGGCGACAGGGCACACGGCCCGUCCAUCCGCAGGGCUGGCCGUCAGUCCGGGGGACCGCGCUCGAGCGCAGUGCACGCUGGGAGCCCCCCGCCGGCGCCUGCGCACUGGUCGACCGGGAGGCCCCGCACGCUGGGGGCCGGCCUGAGUGCGGAGGCACCUGGGGAGGGGCCACACCCGCACCGGGGAGCCCAGGCAGCACCGCGCCCUGCCGUCCGGGGGUCCUUCCGCCCCACCGCUCCCCCGCCGCCGCCGCCGCCGCCACGCGCACCACCGCGCUCCAGCCCGGCACACGCUCGGAGCCCGCCGCCGGCGCCUGCGCACUGGGCGCCCAGGAGGCCUGGCGCGCUGGGGGCCGGCCGGCGCGCGGAGGCACCUGGGGAAGGGCCAGGCAAGUGCGGGGAGCCCAGGCAGCGCCGCGCCCCGUCGUCCGGGGUUCCUUCCGCCCCACCGCUCCCCCGCCCCUGCCGGCGCGCAGGCCCCGCCCCGGAUGCCACCUGUGGCGCGGGUCCCCUGGCGCUGGAGGCGGCGGUAGCCUGCAGCAAGUGCAGCUCGCCCGCAGCCCCACGGUCCCAGCGCCGCCUGCGCGGCCGGUGCCAGGGCGACACGAAGGUAGCGCGCGUCCCCCCAGGGGCGGUGCCCCGCAUCCGGAGGACAGACCCGGCACUUGCUGCCUCGGGCGACGAGGACGGAGGCUCUCGAGCUGUCCAGGGACCGUCUGUCCGCCGCUCGCGCUGCCCUAAACACGAGCCGCUUCCGCCUGGGCCCCUGGGCCCUCGCCGCUGCCGCGCGGGAGCCGGACGCCGCCCCCUCCUCAGGCACCGCAGCUCCUGCAACCCGCCCGUCUGCCCGGCACAGCCCGCGCGGCACCCACGCCGCGGGAGUGCAGGGUCCGGGAAGCACCGCCGGCGAGGCACCCAGGCGCCGCGAGGGACGAGGCCGCCGCGCAGCCCGCGACCGGUCGCCCCGGCAGCUCGGGGUCCCUGCCUGCGCCCGCCCGCGGCCCCCGCGGCUCGCACCUUCCUCAGCGCUGACAUCCUCGGGCGCUCGCGGUUCAGCAGGCGCAGGGCGACAUGCUUUGUGGCCCGUCUGUCCGCAGGGUCGGCUGGCCGUCAGUCCGGGGGACCGCGCUCGAGCCCAGUGCACGCUGGGAGCCCCUCGCUGGCGCCUGCGCACUGGGGCCUCACGGGGUAA